AUGUGGAGAAGUACACAAUUAAAAUUAGAUGUGAUGUGGAAUAAUCAUAAAUUUUCAGCUGAUUGUCCUGUGCCUUUAAGUGAAAAUGAAGUUUAUAUAUUACCAUUGAUUUUAACUCUAUUAUUAAUGAUCCUUGAACCUCAAGAUAUAGCAAGUGAAAAUGAAGUUGAAGAUAAAAUUGAAGUUGGAAACCAAGUUGAACAUACAGUAUAG